AUGCCGAAGGAACGCUCAGUCAACCCGGCGCAAGCCCAGCGCAAGGCCGACAAGCAAAAGGAGAUCAACAAGAACAAGAAGAAUAUCCAAAAUCAGCGCAAUGAGAAAUUGGCGAAGCGCAACCCGGAUCGCCUACAGCGCCAGAUCGACGAGCUGAAAGAACUCGAAGGACGCGGGGCCCUAAGACCGAAAGAUAAGGAGACACUCGCACAGCUGGAACGCGAUGUCAAAGGCAUUCGACGAGCCAGAGAAGCACUAGGAGAUGCGGCGCCUAAAUUUCCGAGCCACGAGCGGCGAGACGGAGCAGGUGGAAGACACGACAGACAGGACAGAGGCGAUGCACGAGACGAGCAGCGAGAGCGGAGGCAACAUCUGGGCAAGAGGCGGCGUGAAGAAGAGCAUCGAGAGCCGGACAGCGACACAGAUCCCGAAGUUCGCGAUAUUCCCAUGCCGCGUGACACGCCCCCACCACUUCCUCGGCAGGAUCGCAGACGCGAACCGUUCACAGAUCCACAAGUCGGACCAGAUGGACAGCGACUACCUCAUGCCUUGCCUACAAAGCCAGCUGUGGCGAGUCUCCCUCCUGCACAGCUCGUGUACACUAGUGCACCUCAAUUGAGAGACCUCAAAAAGGAAGCAACGCGAUUCGUGCCGUCCGCCGUGGCUCAGAAGAAGAAGCGCGUGAAAGGCGAGGGCCGGUUACUCGAGCCGGAAGAAAUCGAGAAGCUGGAGAAGGCAGGAUACUACGCG